AUGAUAGCGUUGACGAAUUCCAAAGUCGCCCUUGCGGCUUUAGCCUUCCUUUCUUAUGCUCCCCUUGCCAGUUCGCAGAAUACGCCAAAUGAGAAUCUCGUCCUGGCCGAUUGUGGCAUAGGGCUGGGCGAAAACGGCGGCUCAACCUCCCGCGAGGCCAUCUACUACAACGGCGACGUCUGGACUGGUCAGGGUGAGAACACCUACAAGCCAACCAUGAUGGUCAACGUGCCGUGGACUGGUCAAUAUCCCUGGGGAUGGGCCGUGUUCACUAUGCCCAAUGGCGACGAAUUCGCCGUGAUGAAUGAUCUCAACGUAAAGGACCCCAACGAAGCUGGAUUCGCUCACCAUUCGUACGAACCAACAAAAGACCUCACAUGCUACUCUUACCACCGAGACAGAGUCUUCCAGUUGGCAGAUGGAAAAUGGUGCUCCAGCGCAUACGUCUGUAAUCACCGAGGCCGUCCUAGCCCCAACUCUGAGCCUGAGAAACCCAAGCCUGAGCCUCAGAAGAUGGAGAUCCAUGGCUCGAUGAACAGCGACACAGUCGAGUUCUGGAACAAGCCCGCCAGCCAAAUCAUGAAAACAGCCAGAGAGUCUUUCUUGCCAGACGGCUACAAGUGUGACACCACCAAACGUCGCCUCAACGAUAAGUGCACUAUCAGCUGGGAGUGCAGCGGUGACCCUGCAAAUAACUCGUUGGAGCGCAUGGCGGCGGUGUUCGACACGUUGGCUACGCACGACAAGUUUACAAGCGAGCGAGAGGUAGUAACAGAGGUCUGCCGACAGCCUGACACACGACCUGGCAAGGAGGGCCAGUGUCGACAAUAUGAGCAGAAAGUCGACCGGUACUACAAGCUUCCUGCCAGCAUUGAGCUCACCAUGCGCAACAUUCCGAGGGACGGAUCUGGAGAUAAUUCUAAUGAGCAUGGAAAUCUCAAGUAUACGAUUGAGUGCGAGAGUAGGAAGUGGGAUUGCAUCUUUUGCAAUAUGGUUGGAAUAGGCUUGAGUGUUCCUGUGCCUAUUGCUGGUGCUCCUGUUUUGAUGAGUUGUCUCUUUUGCUAA